CAGCCCGACAUCUCCCUUCUACUCCCUCAGCUCUGGUCGAUUCCUCGCGUCCUUCUCUUCACGAUGUCUUCUCGCAAAUCAUCAUCAUCGCUCUUUUGACAGGUCUCGUGGCGCUGCGCGCUGAUUCUCUACUUCUUGUACCGCUAGUUCGGUCCCUUGUGUAAUAUCUCUUUAUCGGCUCUGGUAGCUGGUAUUCUUCUUUCGUAAUCAUGCAGCUUCUCGCAUCUGCUCUUUUCGCCUUUGCCGCAUCUACCGUGGCUACAUUCGUCACGGCUGACGAUGUGCUCCUCAAACCUUACGCCUCUCUGUUGGCUUCGCCACUCGACGCUCGCCAGGAAGAUGGCUCCAGCAGCAACAAUGAUACGACAGGUGGCGACGUGCCCGACAAUCUGCUCAACCCUGACGGAACAAUCAACAUGACCUCUUUCUCGGCGCUCACAUCGACGACAUGCACGUCCAAGCUCUCCAGCCUCCGACGAACAACAUCGCCCUCGGGCAUGAGUAUCUGCUUCAACCUGCCAUCCCUCAACACCACCAACGGCGUCUUCGAGGCCGAUCUGAGACUGUACAAAGUCACAGAGCCACGCGGCGCAUGGGAGGGCGUCAAGCCAGGUGAUGUGGACGUCAAUGUGGGCUUUGCGAAUGCCAGAGUCCGCAACGUCACCGAGAAGGAAAUCAUGGGCAUUGGCAUGGUCGGCGAGCUGCAGGCCCGACAAGUGGACGAUGGAGUGCAAGAGCUCCAGCGGUACAUGCUUGUCGGACAGGUCCAGCAGGAUAAACUGGACACCAAUAUGACCAUGUCUGCGCUCGAAGCUCUCCUCAUGCCCUCACUUUCACUCACCGCACCCUCUGCUCAGUCCUCUGACAACCUUACGACUCUUCUCUCUCCCAACGAAGCAUCGUUCAUCACUGGUGUCUUCUCCACGUUGACGCCUCAGUCUUCUUUCUCGAUCGCGCAAGCAGCAGUCUCGUCAUCACUGGCGUUGCUUGACGAAGGCGAGAUUGCAUUCAUCCUCCCCGGCACACAGAUCCUGAUUUUCCCCAUUGGGCUGAUCAUCACGGGGACGUGGGCUCUACUGGGAGUCGGCGUAUACGCAUUCGGCACAGUAGAGAGGUGGAGGUUCCGGGAAGGCUACCGUGACAGAGUCAAGGGAGGAGUGGGAGCAGCAGGCAUUUGAGAUUGGCACAAUACAUCACAAGGCAGGGUCACAUCAAAAUGGAAGGCACAUUGCAUUGGUUCAAAUCGGGAGUCAUCAGGCAUUCUAUUAUGCGGUCAUAGGUAUCAUUUCC